UUGGUAACUCAUUCUCUGCAAAUAGCAAGUGAAGUAAAGUGCGCGCGCUUGCAGGUUGAACCUUCUUAGGGUACACUCACUCCGUCGUUGACCCCGUUGACUGUCAGCUCAACCUGUACCUCAAAGGUGGCGCCUUUUUCCCCUUCUCAAAUUCCCAAUCCAUUUUUUUCAGCAACAUGGUCAGAAAACAUGGCUGGCAAUUACCCGCACACACUUUUCAGGUUGUUGCCAUCACUGUAUUCUGCUUGCUGGUAAUUGCCUUCUAUGCUUUCCUUGUUCCCUUCCUUGGAGGUCAUAUACUGGAAUACACCUUCAUUGCUGUUUACUCUCCUGUGGCACUGGUUGUUUUUAUUCUUUACAUCAGAUGUACUGCAAUUAACCCUGCAGAUCCAGGCAUAAUGUCGAAAUUCGACCCUCGAGUGGGAAAUAGAUUUGACUCAGCCCAUGGUUUGAUGAAGCAUCAAGCUUCUGAACAUGAUGACUUUGUUGCUGGAGAGGAAUAUUCUCCAUCAUCUGUUGCUUCCAAAAGGUCUGUGGCAAAUGCUAGCAAGAAAAGCUCUGUUGAAGACAUUGAGAGAGCAGAUAAUUCAAGGACACAACAUAGCAGAAACUCAUGUGAUGUAUUUGGAGGAAUUUUAUGUAUAUUAUUUACACACGGAGAUUGCCGGGAACAAGACGCAACAGCGGAUGAGCAGGGUGGUGGUGACGAUGCAUUGUUCUGCACUCUGUGUGAUGCCGAGGUGCGCAAGUUCAGUAAACAUUGUAGAAGUUGUGAUAAGUGUGUUGAUGGCUUUGAUCACCAUUGUCGGUGGCUUAACAACUGUGUGGGUCAAAAAAAUUACAUUUCUUUUAUUGCUCUCAUGGCCUUCAGUCUUAUGUGGCUUGUUCUUGAAGCUGGAGUGGGUAUUGCCGUUCUUGUGCGUUUCUUUGUUAACAAAAGAGGAAUGGAAUCUGAAAUUGUUGAUAGACUUGGAAAUGGGUUCUCUCGUCCACCAUUUGCAACAGUUGUGGUUGUAUGUACUGCAGUUUCUAUCUUGGCUCUUGUGCCUUUGAGUGAACUUUUCUUUUUCCACAUGAUACUAAUCAGGAAGGGUAUCACAACCUACGAGUAUGUUGUGGCAAUGAGAGCUAUGAGUGAAGGACCUGCAGCGGCAUCUUAUGAUGGGGAUUUGCCUAAUGUACUUUACUCUCCAACAGGCUCAGCCACAACUGGAGUAAGUGGAGGAAGUUCUUUAGGUUUGCAGUACAAAGGGGCUUGGUGUACCCCUCCUAGAGUAUUUGUGGAUUAUCAGGAUGAAGUUGUUCCUCACUUGGAUCCUGGAAUGCUACCAUCAACUGUUGAUCCAGAUGCAGCUGGUAAUGCAGAGACAGGGCCAAAAAUGCCAAAAAGGGCUGUUCGUAUUAGUGCUUGGAAGCUUGCUAAGUUGGAUUCACAAGAAGCAAUGAAAGCAGCAGCAAAAGCCAGGGCAUCUUCUUCAGUUUUGCGACCUGUAGAUAAUAACCGUCUAGCAGAUCCAGAAUUAAGCUCUAGUGGCAACAUGAGUGUCAGAAGUAGUUUGAGUGCAGACACAGGAACUAAUAAAGGAAUUAAAAAUGAGUUGAGAUUGUCUCCGGUGAGAGGUUCUAUUGCUCCUAGUCUAGGCAGUCGUGAUGAGUAUGAAACUGGGACUCAGAGUAUGAGUAGCUUUAGCAGUCCAAGCCAUGUCCAUGAGGCAGUUACACUUAGCCCUCUACCGCAGGGUCAUGGCUUAGGUGGCCCUAAGCCAGGUACCUUGAUCCCUAGCUUGGUGCCUGAACGUCCUUUAACUUCUAGACCAACUUUGUCCAACUUCAGGAACCCAAUAUCUAAUCCUCCUCUUGGAUUUGAUGGAAGGAUAACACAGAGGGGAGCCAAUAAUGAUCCAUUGUUGCUUUCAGCUUCCGGCACUUCCAUUCUAAGAGAUGUGCGAAGGACUUCUGUCAUUUGGGAUCAAGAAGCUGGCAGAUAUGUAUCUGUUCCUUUAUUGCCCUCAGAACCUCGAAAUAGGCCAUCUGUGCGUUCAGACUUGGCAACUUUUAAUGCUGAGACAAGUAAUGCUGCAAGAAAACCAGUGAUUCCUGCACAAGAGACAUCAUCUGCACUCAAGUCUCCGGUGCAUCAUGCACAGAAUCUGACAUAUACAGGAGAUUCUAUAUUUUUUGGUGGUCCACUUUUGAGUCUCCCUGUUAAGGAUGGUUUAAAAAAUGAAAGACAUUUAGAGAGCCAAGAUAGCACAGGAGUAAGCAUUCCCCAGGAAACAAGAUAUAGAAGGGAUUCAAUUUCAAAUCAGCUUCCUGUAUUUGUCCCUGGUGGUUUUGAGAGCACACAUCAAGCUGGGUCUAGCAUAAAUUAGCUGAAGAUGUUAGACAUUCCAAUGAGUCCUACAAUGUUUUUUUGUGUGAAUCAAGAGAAUUGGGGUGAAGCUUCUGAAAUUAAAUAGGUUUUGACAAAAGGUACAAAUUGAAUGGGGUACAUCGGACAACAUUUGACACCAACCUGAACAUCUAAGCGGUUUUGUUUUAUUCAGCUUAAGCAUGCAGGCUUAACAUCUGUCAACCUUAGCAGGUAUCAUUUCAUUGAGCAUAAAUCUCCAAAGUGAAAUUUUAGUUUAUUGUUGUAACUUUUGUUCCACUAGACACUUGAAUUGUAUUUACCUUUCCCCAAUAGAAAAAAUGUUGGUUUGUAUAUUGUGGUACAUGCUAUUUGUAUUUGAUAUCCUUUGAUGGUCUCAUCGAGCCUAAUGAGACCUUUUGUACUUGAAUCUAGUGUAUCCUUUGACAGUCUCAAUGAGAUCCAAUUUUAUUAAAGAGAAAGCUAAGAUGAUAAUACAUUGGAUUUCAUUGAAGCCCUAUUCCUGUCUUACUUUUAUUUCAUAGUUUCUUUCUAUGUUUUUCA